UGUUUACAACCACGUCACCAGGAAAUACAUCGUGAAGUGUUAAAAAUCAAAAUGCUGAGACAGGAUUCUCACGACGCUCCUCUUUUUGGUGAGGAUGAUGACCACAGCAGGCUAAGAAAGUCUAAAAUUAGGCAGCCCCUGGCUUCCUUUUUCCAUCUCUUCUUUCGAACAAGUGCUAUCUUGGUCUACUUGUUAUGCGACAUUAUCAGCAGCCGUUUCAUUGCCUGUAUGGUCACCAUCAUCCUCCUGCUGUCAUGUGACUUCUGGACCGUCAAGAACGUCUCCGGCAGAUUGUUGGUAGGCCUUCGGUGGUGGAAUCAAGUGGAUGAAGAUGGAAAGAGCCACUGGGUGUUUGAGUCAAGGAAGACACACAGUCCGAACCGAACAUCCAGCGCUGAGUCACGGAUCUUCUGGCUUGGACUUAUCGUGUGCCCUAUCUUCUGGAUCAUCUUCGUGUUCAGCACCAUCUUCUCCUUCAGGAUAAAAUGGCUGGCUGUUGUAAUAUUGGGCUUGGUUUUACAAUGGGCCAACUUGUAUGGUUAUGUGAGAUGCAAGGUGGGUGGAAGGUCCAACUUGACAAGCAUGGCAAAGAACUACCUUGGUGUCCAGAUUUUUAAACAGGCAAUGAAGAAAACGGAGGGACCUUGAAGUUGAAGAGGACAAGUGACAAGCAUCUGCAGUGUGAUGGAGAACAACACUGGAUGAACACAUUGUAUUUACCUUGACUCCUGUAGGUGGCUGGUCUUUUCUGAGGGUGUAUGGGUUUUGAAUGUGUUUCUUCUGAAUUCACUGAUUUAUAUAUUCAAGAGUAGUUGCCAAAGUUUUCUAUAAAUUCAAAUUAAAUACAAUAUAGUUUUUUGAGAUUGAAUGUCAUACAUUUAUUUAGAUCAUCAUAAGUGCAGAGUUCAGGGAGAGUUAUAUUUCUUCUGCCAGUAGUUAGUUUGUUUGUUUGUCUAUUCAAGGAAAGCUUUAUUUAUUUAGUAAAUCUUAUUGGGUUCAAGAUGUCUUUUGAAAGGGAGACCAGAGAAUAAAUGAGAUAAACACAAGAUCACAACAAGAUAUUUCAUUCACUCAAAACAACUAUCUCACACACACACAACCAUAGUGUUGCUCCUCAUUCCAGUACUAAGGUGCAUAGUACUGUAAACAUAUUAACAUUAAGAGGGUAAUGUUAAAAUCCAUGAUACAUGGGAGGAUUUUCAAUCAAGACAGUGUCCUGAAUUAAGGGCACUUCUAAAAAUUAAAGCAUUAAAAUAUGUUUCACAUGUAGGAGAUAUUAUUCCCGUUGGCUUGAGAUUUUGUCAAAGGACAUUUUGGGAAAAUGUAGAUUGAUUGAGGUGUUACCUUAUUUUGGCUGCUAAUCAAACCAAGGUUUUCAACUUUAUAGUUAGACCAUUGCUGGAUGUUGUGUUUUAACUCUAUUUUGUUAAAAGAAAAAAAGUUUGUUAUGAUUGACAUUGUAUGGUAUGGUUGGGAAAAGUGUUUAAAAUUCCAAUUUUAUACAUGAACUGGUCAUUUACCCAGGACUCUCUGGGAAAUAGUUUUGGACAAUAAAGUUUUAUAUAAUUUUUGAAAUGUUAAUCUUACUUGUGGCACAUUGUGAAGAAUAUGUUCAAGCAACUCUAAAUAAAAACAUUAAAACACGGGUUAAAA